CACUUACAAGAUCGCAAAGCGAACGCCUCGAUCGUCGUACUUGUACGGAACUCUGAGCUUUGGGAAUCAUGAGCAGUAUGAAGCAACUCGAGGAUAGGUUCAACAGGAAGUUCCAGUAUCCUUAUGUCUUCCUCAACGACGAGCCCUUUACGCAGAGCUUCCAGGAUGCCACAGUUGAAUUCGGUCUCAUCCCAUCCGACCAUUGGCAUCAACCAUCGUGGAUCGAUGAAGAACGAGCAAGCAAGUCUCGCGAUGACAUGAUUAGGAACGAUCGUUUCAUACCGGAAUAUGUGUCGCUUCAAUUCUGGCUUCUUCUAUCGACACGAGCUCUUGCAGAAGUACCGAUACUAUUGGAGAGUCGAGCCAGACAUCCAGCUUUUCUGCGACGUGGACUAAGAUCCCUUUCUCAUGAUGCAAGACCAAAACAAGGUGUACGGCUUUACGAUAAAAUUCCAGCUACCAUCCCAACGUUAUGGAACAUCCUUUCAUUGAUGCUAAUCCUGACUCCUGGCAAUGCGAUGGAAUUUCUCUCUGACGAUGGCGGAGAGUCCCACAGUCUGCGUCACUUCUGGAGCAACUUUGAAAUCGCAGAUCUUGACUUCUGGCGAGGCGAGGCAUAUUCGAAAUUUUCCGAAUAUCUUGAUGAGCAGGGUGGAUUCUAUUAUGAGCAUUGGGGAGAUGCACCAGUUCAUAGCAUCGGAGCUGCACUGUUCGCGAAGAAGGAACAAAUUCACUUCAAUGACAUCGGGUAUCAACACGAACACUUCGAGCACUGUCCACAGGGAGAUGUGCACACGAAAGGGAAAUGCUGGUGCAACCUUGAUAAGAGUGUCGGCAAGUAUCUCUAUGCAAAUGUUGAACUACCACUGAAGCUGGUUUCUUCAGACUAUCAGGUAUAUUCAUGUCUUUACCAACACGACAAGCUAUUAUUGUAGACCGAAACAUCAGCGCUGUCACGAUGUUCUUAGCAGUGAGCAAUGUGUCCCUAUAUGACACUAGAUGCCGCACUCCACGAUCUACCUCUGAGAGCCGUAUUCACGAUGGACUGUACUAUACCUAGUCAAUGAUGUGGUUUUGACUUGUAGAAUUGGUUGCGAUGCCAUGAUUGCUCUGGUUUUUACUCACGGACACUUCUAGUUGUAUGACGUGCACGCUCGUUAGUAUGCGUCAGUGACAUCCAGUAGGACUUCCGUACAUCGCCAGCUGUCUAAUUUGUCCAACUUGAAGA